AUGUCUCACACAAGAAUCCCCAGCUGGAACUCGUUUACUCAUGACACUCGGGUCGAGAUCUUCCUCGAGGUGAUUAUAUCAGGAGGGUUCAACAUACUCAGAGAUGCUGAGGUAUUUCCAAGUUAUCAUCUGCACGCUCCAUGACUGAUAUACGCAGGUAAUUCAAGCUGCUCUCGAUGCUAAAGGGAGCCGUAUGAACCUACCUCUACCAAUGAAAACCGCUCGCGACCUCGGUGUCAAGGCCGGCUUCAGUGAACUCUUUACCUGUCGGUACAACUAUGUUGACCAACAAGCAUGUAAACUCAUACUGGAACAGAGGUUCCAAGAACCCAGAGGUAUAAGGGGGUCCAACCCCAUUGAAGAGGCUUAUUUGGAGAAUGCUCAGAGAGCACAAGAGGAGUCGUGCAAUUUUCUGGAGCAUUUUAUUGGGAGAUUGAUAUUAAAGCUAGACGAAAAGAUCGGGACGGGAUUCCUUACAUGCUGUAAAAGGAACGAGCGUCAGUCAAUUUACGGCGCAAUUUUUGAUAAUUACCCAGUCUACUUCCUGAAGCUACUACGUUGUAAGGAGGCACAUGUAGUCGACUUUGGUAUGAUGUAA